AACGAAACUGAUCUGAGACUCUCUGUCGUCUGUCUGUGUGAGAGUGAACAACAACAGUCUAAAUGGCUCAGCAGGGAGUUCUGCUGGAGAAGGAACAGUUCUGUUGUUCUGUCUGUCUGGAUCUACUGAAGGAGCCGGUGGCUAUUCCCUGUGGACACAGUUACUGUAGAAGCUGUAUUGAGGGCUACUGGGAUCAGGAUGACCAGGGCAUCUACAGCUGUCCUCAGUGCAGACAGACCUUCACUCCAAGGCCUAUUCUGAGGAAAAACAACAUGUUGGCUGAGGUGGUGGAGACACUGAAGAAGACAGGACUCCAGGCUGCUCCCCCUGCUCUGUGCUAUGCUGGACCUGGAGAUGUGGCGUGUGAUUACUGCACUGGGACCAGAAAGCAGAAAGCCCUCAUGUCCUGUCUGGUGUGUCUGGUGUCUUACUGUGAGACUCACCUCCAACAUCACAAUGAUGUUCUUGUACUAAAGAAACACAAGCUGGUCAAAGCCACCGCACAACUACAGGAGAACAUCUGCUCUCAUCAUGACCAACUGCUGGAGGUUUACUGUCGUACCGAUCAACAGUGGAUCUGUUAUCAUUGUCUGAUGGAUAAACAUAAAGGCCAUGAUACAGUGUCAGCUGCAGCAGAGAGGACUGAGAUACAGAGUCAGCUGGGAAUGAGACAGCAGAAGGUCCAGCAGAGAGUUCAGGAGAGAGAGAAGGUGCUGAAGGAGAUCCAACAAGCUGUGGAGUGUCUUAAGCGUUCUGCAGAUGCAGCCGUGGAGGACAGUGAUCAGAUCUUUACUGAGCUGAUCCGCUCCAUGGAGGAAAGGCGCUCCGAGGUGAAGGAGCUGAUCAGAGCCCAGGAGAAGGCUGAAGUGAGUCGAGCUGAAGGACUCCUGGAGCAACUGGAGCAGGAGAUAGUUGAGCUGAGGAGGAGAGAUGCUGAGCUGGAGCAGCUCUCACACACAGAGGAUCACAUCCAUUUCCUUCAGAGUUAUCAGUCUCUCUCUAGUCCCAGUGUAUCUUCAGACUUGCCCAGCAUCGGUGUCUUUCCUCUUCAGUACUUUGGAGAUGUGAGUAAGUCUGUGUCUGAGUUGAGAGAGAAAGUAGAAGACCUCCUUAAAGGAGAAUGGACCAAGAUCUCCACUACAGGAAUAGCAGGUCAUAACAACCACAGCUCCCAGAUGAAAGCUGCUCUACAGCAAGACGACCCCAUGGAGGACAAGGACAGGGGUCAGGAGGUCAAACGCCGCCCAAGCAGCGAGUUCCCUGUUGGAAACCUGGUCGAUAUUGACAACACUCCGGUCACCAAAUCACUGCACGGAGACAGUGAGAGAGAAAGGGAUGGAGAAAGGGAGAAAGAGAAAGAAAGACAGAAACAUAAGGAAAUGGAAAGUGAGAAAAAGAGGGAUGGAGGGAGGGAAGUUGAAAUGGAUGGAGCAAGGGUAGGAGAGAGGGAUGGAACAACUGAAAGAGAGAGGGAUGGAGGAAGGGAAAGAGACAGGGAUGGAGCGAGCAAAGGAGAGAGGAAUGGCGGAAGGGAAAGAGAGAGGGAUGGAGGAAGGGAAAGAGAGAUGGAGGGGGCGAGGGAAGAAGCAAUGGAUAUAGGGUGGGAAAGCGAGAGGGAUGGAACGAGAGGAGUGAGGGAUGAGGAGGAGAAGAGGUCGUGCUGCUCUCUCUCUGAGCUGAAGAAAGUCCCUCAGUGUCACGUGGAGCUGGAGCAGCUGUCCUUCAGCAGAACUCACAACGUCCUCAUAGAUGUGAAUGAGUUCAACCAUAAAAGGACAUUGACACCUCAGUCUGGACAUCAUGUAUGGCACAGUGACUUUGUUAAGAUGCCCUGCUCACCAGAAAGCCUCAUCAAGACUGGAUGGGUAACCAGCUCUGAGCAAAGUCGGUGGGAGGUGGUCUCUGAACAGCUGGAGAGUCUGGCCAAGAAGACCACUGCAUCAGUGGGUGACGUAGAGAAAGCCAUAAAGAAAUACAACCCAAAGUAUGAAGCUCAAUGGUCCUUUGAUGCCCUGCAUACCUUUGUUAAGAAAUCACCCAAAGAAGAGAAAUACUACAUGUCUGUUUUUCCUAAGAUAGCAGAGCUGGCCUCCAGCCUGCCUCACUAUAUCAAGAAGGCUAUCCCUCUACUCCAGAAGGGCCAGACUCAGUCCAUCACGUUGUCCCAGGGUCAGAUAGCUUGUCUGCUGGCCAACGCCUUCUACUGCACCUUCCCCCACCGCAACUCCCCCAACCCCAGAGCAGAGUACCACAACUACCCCACCAUCAACUUUAACAGUCUGUUUGAAAAGUGGUCUGAGAGGAAGAGAGAGAAGCUGAGAGCCCUCCUUCAUUACUUCCACACUGUCACAGACCCAGCGACCAGGCCCAGUGGACUGGUGACCUUUGAGAGGCGCUACAUCAGAGACAGAGACAUGCCCAACUGGAGGAGUUGUAAGGAGACUGUUCCUAAACUCCACGUCACCUCAGCAGGCUGCAUAGAGGAACAGGGAGCAGGGAUGCUACAGGUGGACUUUGCCUGUAACAUGAUAGGAGGUGGAGUGUUGGGCUCAGGUCUGGUUCAGGAGGAGAUUCUGUUCCUGAUGAACCCAGAACUCAUCGUAUCUCGACUCUUCACUGAGAAACUAGGAGACAAUGAGUGUCUCUUCAUCACAGGUUCUCAACAGUUCAGUCAGUACAGUGGCUACAGCGACACUUUUAAGUGGGUAGGGCCUCACAGAGACAACAUUGAGAGGGAUGAGUGGCAGAGGCUACACAGGCAGAUUGUGGCCAUGGAUGCUCUCCACUUCAGAAACCAGAGAGAACAGUACAACAUGAAACAGGUCACCAGGGAACUCAACAAGGCGUACUGUGGCUUUAAGGCAGAUGACAACACUCACCCAGACUUCCUUCCUGACAUCGCCACGGGCAACUGGGGCUGCGGAGCCUUCAAUGGAGACCACAAACUUAAAGCUCUGAUCCAGCUGAUGGCUGCAGCCAGGGCCAAGAGGGGCGUGGCCUUCUUCACAUUCAAUAACCUCAGCUUGGAGAGAGAGCUGAAGAACAUGCACCACCUACUGGUCACACUCAGAACUACAGUGGGUGAGCUGUAUGAGUUGCUGGUUGACUACUGUGCUGUGACACAGUUGGCUCACACACAUGUGGACCUGUUUGAUUGGAUCAGGAAUACUCUGAAACACAGGAGUCAGCUGUGAGGACACAUCUCCAUACUCUAAAGGAGCUUCCUUUCCUUGUUUCCUUUCCUUUUUUCACAUUAUUGAGAUGCACCCCAGAGAGAGGCUCUAUGAAUGAUCAGUGGAUAGAAACAUGGUACAAUUCCAAGUAAUGGUUGAUUAUGAAUGUGUUUGUCUUUCACUGUUACACUCUUACUAAAUCAAACUGAUACAUUUGUAACUACUGCAUACUGAACUAUUUAGAAAACUACUAAAUAUGAUGAUAAAAAAAAGCUAAUGAAAUGAUGUCAGCAAAAUCAGGGGUCCUGCUUUUUGAUUUCUCCCUUGAUGAUAGCCAACAACUUAACCAGCACUGGAAACUAUGCACAUCACAGGAGGUUGGUGGCACCUUAAUUUGGGAGGACAGGCUUGUGGUAAUGGCUAGAGCGGAAUCAGUGGAAUGGUAUCAAAUACAUCAAACAUAUGGUUUCUAUGUGUUUGAUGCCAUUCCAAUUUCUCCUUUCCGGCCAUUAUUAUGAGCAGUUCUCCUCUCAGCAGCCUGCUGUGAUGCACAUGAAGUGUACAGUAAAAUACUCUAGAAUUAUUAUUAUUUUUAAAUGAUGAAUAAAUUCCUCUUUAUAAUCCAGUAAUAAAUUCCUCUUUAUAAUCCA